UAACAGCAACAAGGUCUGCAUUUACAAUGAGAAAAUCGAUGAACCAUGCAAUUCGCAGAAUUUGCUAGUCUACAGUUGGAUCGUCCACUUAACAACGAGCUAAGAGUAUUUAAAAAAGACAUAUUUGAACAGUAUAUCAUUCUCUUCCGUUAACACUUAUGGUUACUCCAGACAGAGGACCAGUUGAAAAAACAUACUUUAGAAUUCCAUUUCGAGCACAAGCCAAUAGAAAGAGCUUUGCACCUGUUAACGUGAGUAUAUAUUUAAAAGAAGAUAUAUAUUUAAAAGCCUGUAAGUACUUAAGAAGAUUGUUACAAGCUUAAAAGCUUCCUGUCAUAAAAAUUCCAUCCCAAUACCUAAUACCGGUAUGACGAAUGCAACCUCGUAAAAGGCUAAUCGUAACUACUGGUAAUGUCAACUCCUAUAUACAUGAGAAAAUUAUGCAAGUAAUUAUCACUACGAAUCUCAGAACGCAUCUUUGCUUUUAAGGCUACCCUGCAUGUGCAUUGCACAGAUAGGUGGCCAUACAAAAGUAGUGGGGAUGAUUCGGAAGCGUUCGGCAGUGUUCGGUAAGGAUCGUUUUCUCCGUAAAGCCAGAUAAUACAGACCCCGGCUCAGUUGUCAUCCGAACGUCGUCGUGUUGGUUUUAUUGCGUCACGGGUGCAUCUCGUACGAGAAUGCAUUAUUGCAUGCCAGUGUCGUCUGCGCGUAUCUAAUUGGUGAUAAUUUAAACGCGAAAUCGAUAAAUAAAAUGAGUGUACGAAAUGUGGCAAGAGGGAGGUGAAGCUCCGUGCGAGUCUGCGGCCGAUACCAGGGAAAUAUAACUUUCCAGAAAGGGUGACGAUAUCCAAAAACUGAGUGUGAUACAGACGCUGCCAAGCCUCUUGGCCGGAGACGCACAGUCAUGUAUAACAAGAGUGAUACCGAAGAUGCAGCAAACUCUGCCCACAGCCUCUACAGAAUUUCACAUGGCUGCUUCUUCUACCUUCAAAACAAUUCUGGAACAAAGGCUGGUCAACUAUGCCACCUUUACACAGACAUUCCUGCAAAGCAUCUUAAAUUCACUAGACAGUCGAGAUCCAAUUGUAGCUCAUGCAUGGUUGGAGACCUUACUGGAUGUGAUCGAAUUACUUCCUGUGGAUGUAAUAAGACUGGAGAUCCUUCCCAUAAGCAUAAACAAAGGACAGUUAUCGCAGCCUAUCCACUCCAGGAUAACCUGCUGCAAGCUGGUGGGGAAAAUUUGCACACGAUUUGAUGCUGUCUUGAUUAAGAAGGAAGUACUGCCAACGGUACACUCGCUCUGUCAGGAUGUGAACAACGAAGUUCGAGCUUGCAUCUGCUCGCAGCUGCGUUACGUGGCUGAGGGUCUUGGUGCAGAAUCAGUGAGGUCGGAGCUGCUACCAUCUUUAGUCGAAUUGGCAAGCGACGAGGAGAGCAACGUAAGGCGUGCAGCUGUUCAGACAAUAGUACACUUGCUGCCUCAAUUUCCACAGGAUGUUAUAAAGGCGGCGAUCGCGCCUCUGAUAAGGAAGCUUUGCGAAAGUGCUCUUAAGUCGGACGACAAUGUCAUUUGUAUCAUUGCCCAAGAGUUUGGAAGACUGGCCAUGGGUUUGGAAAAUUCCCUGACCGCAGUUGAAAAAAGUUGGAUCAUUAAGUAUUUCCAACAACUCGCACAGAUGGGUGUACCGUCUAUGAAGAAAGAAAAGCCGAAGCAGGACUUUUCUUUCACAAGCAAUAAUCCCACUGUUAACGAAAGGUAUGUAGAAUGCCGUAGGCAUUGUGCUUUUAACAUUCCUGCCAUGUUUCUCUUUUUAAACACGGCCACCGAAGACGUUAGUGUAUUGCUACCGACAUUUAAUGAUUUGGCUGGCGAUACAUAUUACAUGGUCCGCAGGACAAUAGCAUGUGGAAUUCACGAGGUGGCAAAAGCAUUGGGUCAAGACCUGGGUCUUAUCAAUGCAGAUCUUAUAAAAUUAUUGAAAGACGAUGCUGAGGAAGUUCUACAAGGUCUCGUACCGCAUUUAGCUACAACAUUGGAACUUCUGGUACAAAGUCAAGUGAUUGGAACCGAUCAGAUUGAUUCUACUGUAAUGGAGCUGGGAAGAUCAUUGUUAAAGUGCGAAUCUGAAAUUGCAAGGACUAACAAUUGGAGGUUAUCGGAGUUGAUGUUUAGUCAAUUGGAAAUAUUGCCCAAGUGUUUUCCUAGUGAUUUUAUUUAUACGUACUUUGUUCCUGUUGCUUUGAACAGGGCAGCCAAUGCAAGACCUAUACCCAUUCGAUUGGCUGCUGCUAGAACACUUCUUAUUUAUCUGAGAUAUAACCUUAAAUCCACGCAACGUGUGGAGCUGCGUAAUAAAAUGUAUAUGGAUCUGGCACAUAGUAAAAGUUGUUACGUUAGGAUGAUCUUCAUCAGAAUGAUGAUAGAAGCUCUUGUAAUAUUCUCAUCGACUUACUUCAAAGAGCAUUUUUAUAACGUUCUACUUGCCCUCACCGAAGACCCUGUGCCUAAUGUACGAUUGAAAGUCGUACAGCAGUUGCCUGUUCUGAAAAGCCUCUUGAGACUACCAUCUGAUAAAAAAUUGUUGAACACCUUAGAGGGAAACGUACGUUCUUUGAUGAAUAAUGAAAAAGACAGGGACGUGGUUGCCAUGUUAACUAACGUCAUUCACAAACUGGAUGGGAUAGACGUGAAGCACGAGGGACAAACCGUUACUAAAUUCACAAAGCAAGAGAAUGAAGAUUCAAGGAAGUUGGAGGAAGAGAAAAAAUUGGGUGCAAUAAAUCUUGGGAAGCCGACAGGUACGACUAUUGCCCAUCUAACUGGAAAUUCCAGUACCGGAAGUCAUAUAAAAAAGCAAACUGGAGCUACAUCGAAACUCAGUAAUUCUGCACGAGUAAGCGUGGGCGAGAUAUUGAGCACGAAGACAGCCAGACAGAAUAAUUCUCUUAAUAUAGUAGACUCAGCGUCUAAGCCAUUAGUCCAACAACCCGCGGCUAAGGGUAGUAGACAGUCCGUCGGUCCGAUGGGUAUGAACGAUUCUCAGAGCAAAACGACGAACAUUAAACAGGGACAAACAGCAUCCAGACAAAUAACAGAUAUAUCCAAAGCAAGUACAUCUAGCAACAACUUAACAUCAAGUUGGGCGCGACUAGCAUCUAACAGCAUGCUACUAACCCACCCCUGGGAGAAAAUCGGUCAUUCGAAUUCUAACUAUAGUCUAAGCUCAAUGAGUACAGUCAGCGAAGCUUCGUGCCAUGACUAUGCAGGACAAAAAGUACAAUGCGACUGUUGCGACCUGGCUGAGCACAUCUUUCAGAACAGACUUGGAAUGCCAAGUACUACAGAGCAGGAAUACGCGUGCUGCGCUUGCGCGAGCUCAGCGUAUGAGUGCUCAAGAGCCAGCAGCAAUACGUGGCCACAAAAACACGAUCACAGUCCCACUCCUGACUUCACCAGGUCCUUUCUUCUAACUCACCUUAAGAAGGACAGGCACGAGUUCCUGCAGAACUUUUUACUAACACGGGAAGGCUUCGGUAACAAGGCACCAGGCUUGGCAGCCAUUCGAGCAAUGACGGACGCCAUUAGCGACAGAGAUGACUAUACAGCUCAUUACAAUUCUUGUUGGGCUUUUAGCUCCAUGCCUGAGAUACCAGUCACACUGCUGGAUGACGAAUUUCUCGUGGACGCUGGGAUCAGGAUACCUGCACAGUUAUCAUCCUCGCAGAGUACCUCCAAGAUACCCAAUCUUCAGGAUAUCAUUUAUCGUAAUCGACGAGAAGGUAGUGUCGAUCGAUCACGAAGAAACAGUGUCAACUUUGAGAAACUGAAGACCCAGAGACACUCUGCCGAGUAUGAAGAUUCUCUGAAGCCAAGAUCCAGUUGCAUGGACCAGCACGUGAAGAGUAACAGGAACUCUAUGGACUAUGAAGACACCCUGAGGUCAUCAAGAUCGUUCAAGGGGAUGCAAGAAGAACAGCAUUAUCCCAAGGAGGACACCAAGACGAAGAGGUACUCUGGAUCUCAAGCGAGGACCAGAUUUGGAUAUGAGCCUAGUCCGGGUAGGGUGUUCGAUGACAAGUCUAGAAGGAAUUCCUUGAUCCUUGACAAGGAUAAGGCUAAGGCAGCCCAAGGCAAACCAACCCUGGAUAGGACGAAAAGGCACUCUGGUAAUUUUUGGAAGUUACCUGAGCCCAAGGAUUCUAAGCAGAAGUUUAAGCGACACAGUGUCGAGGUCACCGAUUACAAUCCUGUCGAGAGGAAUAAUAGGACUCUUAGGAGAUUUUCUACUCUGGACGUCAAUCACAAUCAAGGAUCUAGUAAGAUUCCUCUGAGAAACUGUAUCAUUACUGGUAGUAGGACAGCUCCUGUUACUAGGGCCUCAAGUCCAAUUAGAUCCGUACAACAAUUCUCUUUCAGUAGAGACACUAGGGAGGAUAUACAAACGUCUUCAAGGGACGCGCGAUUCCUGUCUAGAUUCAGUUCGAGUGACGAGGAGGUCGACAAGCUCUGCCAAAAGUUUAUUAACUGUCAAGCCGCGCGUUGUAGCAGGGCCUCAAGUCCCAGAAGCAGGGACAGCCGAUUGCCUGUAAGACUGCAGAGAAAGAAAUUAUAAAAUUCUUUUAUUCUCAUCUAUGACGAACAACGGUCUCGGGACGGCGUUUUAGAAAUUUUUUAAAUUAUUUAUAACAGACCUCUAAUAUUUUUCAAAAGAUAUUUGACUGUCUACAACUUCCGGCACGAAGCCACAAACUUGACGGACACAAUUUUUGCGAGCUCACAUAUCAAGGAUUAUUUGACAAAGUGAAAAGAAAAUAUAAGAAGAAAAAAACAAUAACAGGGUAUUUUCGCGUGAGAAAAAAAUUAAUUACACGCACUGACGUUCACAUAGAUUCGCAUUAAUUCGAUUAAUUUGCAUCUGAUAAUUUGCCAUUUAUUGUUUACUGAAUUACACCGAUCUCUCUGGAACUAUAUAUUAUAAUGUAAUUCAAGUGAACAGUGGCGCCCCUAGCGGCAGUCGAGCGAGAAGCACGAGCAGUUAACACAUAAGGCAAAGUUGAAAGCAGUGCAGUCUCUUAGAGUAACAAAUUUAAAGAUUAUCCAUAGCCAGUGUACAAACGUUAUUAGUUAAUUAUCAGUAAUGUUGAACUGACCGUGAAGUCAAGACUAUAAUUAAUUAGCGGCAUCUAUUAGAAAAUAUUAAUAAUUGAAAAAAUGCCAGAAAAACUUUUACCUUUGAAGGCAAAUAACAAAGCAGUCCCGUGACGCGCAGUAAACACAGUAUUGGAUCGUAGUUUAGUAUUAGAACCUAGUCUCUAUAUAUAUAUAAAAUACAAAUCAAAGAGAAGAAAAAAAAAAGAGAGAGGCAUUAGAGAAGCAACCGGUUAAUUUUUGACAGUGUCAAAACCAAUUGAUUUCUUGCUUGGCAAUUACCGUAAAUUUAGCAGAACGCAUAGACGUGCCGAAUAUAUAUCUUAACGAAUUUACAAAAUAAUUAAUUUGAUCCAUUUGCAAAGCGAUGCACCAAAAGUCUUAGAAAAAGUCAAGGUACGCGAUUACUAAUUUCUAUGACUCGUCUAAUCUGCAAAUUGUUUUUUGUUCCCAUGUUGCGUUAGAAUCGAUGCUCCAUUUUAGGACGAAGAGAGCAAGAAUGAACUCUAUUAGUAUUCAUUAAUGAUCUACACGUACCAUUCUAAUGGUAGCAUUUCUAAUGGACCGAGGACACCGGCAGGAUCUAUUAUUAGAAGAGAAAAGGAGAAAGGAGCAGUCUCAAAAUUAGAAUAGAAACCAGAGCGAACUGUUAUUGUUAGUCGUGAAUUAAUUAUCAAUAAUUUAUUCUUAUCUGUCUAGAAGACGCAAGGCAAUUUAUCAUUGACAAGAAGAAUGAUUAGGAUCGCGAGCCUUUAAUAAAAAAAAAAGAAAAGAAAAAAAGAAGAAAAAACAGAAAUCUAAUUAACAACUAUAUCCAUUAGAUUCGCCAAUGAUGAAUUCGAGUAACGUUAAUCAGAAUCGAUAAACCCAGUUACAAAGCCAAAGAGCUCUCUUUAAAUGUCCCGCGUAAUAUUGUACAAAAGCUUGCAGGUAGUAGUUGUCGAUUUUAAUGCCUUGUAUCAUAUAUUUUAAUAAGCCUCUAUUACUGCAAGUGCCAUUAGAUUAAAGCGCGAGAAAAGGAAAGAGAAGAAAAAGAAAUAAAAGGUAAAAAGGCUAAUAAUAAUGUGAAAGUUCUUUGGCGGCAAAAAAAAAGUCAUGCGACAAAAAAACACGCAAAAACCUCUUAUUAUACAUAGCUAUAAGGUACAACGGGAUAUCCGUAUAGAAAAAAAAAAAAAAUAUAUAUAUAUAUAUGGCGUCAGGACUAUUCUUAGAGACAAGCAAACGAAUCUUUGGCUAUUAAUUCUAUUUAUUUAAAAAAUCCACAAACUGUUGUAAGUCUGUUUGACACGCUGAGGAGGUUACAAAAAAAAAUCUAUAAUUUAACGAGAGCUAAAAUCUCCAAUGUUCGAUUCGUUAAUAGGUAUAUUAUAUACAUAUUUAAAUGUGUGUAUAUAUAUAUAUAUAUAUAUCUCAUGGCCAUCUCAAACUGAACAUACUGUAGAGACCUUAUAUAUAGAAAACGAUCUACUUAACCUAACCUAUAACGAACUCGUCGCUAUCUUUAAGUAUUAUGAGAUCUUGUUAUAUUUAUUUUCAAGAUAGCACUCUCUCUCUCUCUCUCUCUCUCUUUCUCUUUACCGUGUCUCUAGACACUCUCAUUUCUCGACUCACAUUAGAAAAAGCAUAAUCCUCUUGUUAAGGAUUUAGGUCCGUCGGAUAUCUUAACCUAUAAAAAUAUUGUUGUUGCUCGCAGUCGAUUCACUGUCGUUUCAACGUUACUUGCGUAACAUGGCGAAUUUACUUGUAGGUAUAAACGAAAUGACAGAAGAAGAAAAAAGAAAGCGUAGAGUGACACCAGCAGACUUACCAUUAGCGUAGACACUAGUCAAAUACGUUGGGGUUUCACGUUACGUUUAAUCGAUUUAGUCUGAUUGCAUGGAGGGCAACGAUAAAAUCCCUCUUUGUGGGACAAAACUGAUAACGAUAAAUCCCCAUUAACUACUUGAGUCGUGUAACUAUGAAAGAUGAUGUAUUUGUGCAACAGCAAACCUGCGUCCGCCGCCGCCAAGAAAACUUGACGAAGAAAAGGGAGAGAUGAAAAAGGAAGUGUCGUUAAGGGACCGAGGAGCUUGUGUGCUUGCGCGUGACUGUACGUGACGUAAAAGAAAAAAAUUUGAGAAUGAAGAGAAAGAAAAAUGAUCGAAACGUCGUCUUCGUAGCGAUAAGAAAGAAAUUUUGGAAAACUGAAAAAUAUCGAGCAACGGAAAGCGCAAUUUGAGAAGGUGAAUUCUAAGGGUGGUGAAAUAUUUUUUUUUUAUUCGAGGAACACACGAGCUUGAGCUUAUUAAAACGUAAAGGGUGUGUUGAGAUUUUUUUUUUUUUUUUUUUCCUGAAAAUUUGGACUGGCCGAUUUUUUUGGGUUUGUCUGAUGGCGAUCGGCGAGGGCGAAAUGUAAUUUUGGACUCUUUGGAUCGCUUGUGUAUUAUUGGAGACUAAUGGAUUAUUACUGGGCGGAUUUUCUCGUGCGAGGAUGUUUUCUCGUAUGUGUCGGGGACGAUAGUACGAAUUUUGUCGCUAAGGAGACUCCGUGGGUGGACGAAUCAUAUUUUUAUCGAUCAUCGAUCACGCUUAAAUAUUACUAUUUAUUUUUGUAUAGAUCUACAAAUAACGCUGACUUUUUGUGCCAGAGAUGAAGAAAAAAUAAUAAGGCGGAUGUACCAAGAGAGAAAUAUUAUAAUAUAUUAUUAUAGAGAGUAUGUAUUUAACUGUUAAUUCGUAGCGCCGUUACGUUCCCCGGAAGUGGGACCUGAGCGCCAUUUUGUAAAUUCUAUCAUUGUCCUCAAAGCUGUCCUCUUCGUUAUAGGUGCAAUUACUGUAAUCGGGAGAAUUACGAUAGAGUCUAAUCGAGAAAAGUCCAAUGUACGGGAUGGAAAAUUCGGAGGGCAUAUGAUAAUAAAUCGUUUUAGAGACACAUUUUAAAAAUUACAUUUGUUUUCGGAGAGAACGGUUUUUUGAAACCGGAACAAUCGUGUACGCCGGGAAGAACUUUACGUUUGGCUUUCACUUUAUUUCUCAAUGUCUUUUUCCUCUUUGUUCUUUAUUUUCGAAAAUCGUUUUCGUCUUUCGUAAAAGCUUAAUAAUAAUUUAGCAUGUAAACGUCAUUACCUCUCCAUCUACUUUUGCGAAGAUCGUUGCAAACGUUACUUUUUACCAAGGAUAUAUUAAUGAUGUAUGUAUAUUUUUGCGGGUAGCUAUUAUUAUUAUUGUAUUUUGUAAUUGCGCAUCUCCCCGUCAUGCCACAUUAACAUCAUCAUUGAUCUUCUCCAAAACCUAUAACAAAACAGUGGCAAACGAAUUAACAUUUGCCAUUCACCUAUAAUAGGCGUUUCUAUUCGUGUCUACGAUUACGCAUUGUAAAAACACAACGCAAGUAUUAAUUUUCAAAUAAAAUCAUUUCUGUUUCCGUUAA